AUGCGGGCAGCAGAGUGUAAGGCCAUCGGAGAAAGGCGCAACGAAGUUUGCUCUGUGGUUUCACUUGCCCUUCCUGCUCUUGUAGCGGAGGCAGCAGCCGUGCACCGUCCAAAAAGUUUUCUUCCCUUAGGCGGCAUUUUAACCAAUUUUAAAAAGGCAAACGUAAUAAAAGGUAUACUCUUUUCUCUAUGCAUCACUCUCUCUCUCUCUCCCUCUCUCUCGUUCUCUCUACAACUCUUUAUUUCUCUCUAUCUCUCAAUAGAAGGUCUCUUUUUCUUUGGAUUUCUCUUCCUAUCUCUCUUUCCAUCUCUCUUCAUCUCUUUACUCUUUUCUCACUCUCCAUAUUACCAUUUCUCUUUUCUCUCUUUCUCUCCCCAUCUCUCUCUCUUUCUCUCCCCAUCUCUCUCUUUCUCUCUGCUUCUUACUUCAUCUCUCUCUCUCUCUCCGUAUAUCUCUCUGCAUGUCUCUUUUUUCUUUCUCUCUCUCCCCAUUUCUCCAUCUCUCUCUGCAUCUCUCCCUUUCUGUCUUUCGCUCUCUAUCUCUGUCACUCCUCUCUCGCCAUCUCUCUUUCUGUCUGCAUUUCUCUAUGAAUCUCUCUCCCCAUCUCUCUCUAUAUUUCUUUAUCUUUUUUCUCUCUCCCCAUUCUCUCUAUAUUUCUUUUUAUCUUUUCUCUCCCCAUCUCUCUCUAUAUUUCUUUAUCUUUUUCUCUCUCCCACUCUCUCUAUAUUUCUUUAUCUUUUUCUCUCUCCCGCUCUCUCUAUAUUUCUUUAUCUUUUUCUCUCUCCCACUCUCUCUAUAUUUCUUUAUCUUUUUCUCUCUCCCACUCUCUCUAUAUUUCUUUAUCUUUUCUCUCCCCCCCCUCUCCCUAUUUUCUUUAUCUUUUUCUCUCUCCCCAUCUCUCUCUAUAUUUCUUUAUCUUUUUCUCUCUCCCACUCUCCCUAUUUCUCUCUGCAUGUCUUUUUUCUCUGGAUCUCUCUCUCCAUCUCACCCUUUCGCUCUCUAUCAUUUUCUCUCUCCCUAUCUUUUUUUUUCUUUCUGCAUCUCUCUUUCUCUCCCUCUCUCUGUAUCUCUCUUUCUUCUCUGGGUCUCUCUCUCCCUUUUUUAUCUCUCCAUCUUUCUCUUUCUUUCUACAUUUCUUUAUCCAUUUCUCUUUCUCUUUCUAACUUUCUAUCACUCUCUUUAUCUCUCCCGUUCUCUCCCCAUCUCUCUCUCCCCAUCUCUCUCUCUCUCUCUGUCACUAUCUUUCUUUCUUUCACUGUCCCCCGCCCCCAACGCCCCCUCCUCUCUGUUCUUCACUUUCUUUUUUUCUCGGCAGUAAAAUAUACCAUUUGUUGGCUGAAGAACAUGGUGCAUGGUGCGGCCUGA